AUGAUAAUCGAUCAGGAGAAACAAUCAAUAUCAUCCGUUGAAACGAUAGCGAUGGAUCCACAGACUGAAGAUCGUGAUCGUGAUCGUCUGGGCACGCUGAUCAGAGCCAUGAUGACAGAAUUGGAGGAGGCGAGAGAACAAGCAGCGGCGAGGGAAGAAGCCAGGAUGGGAGAAUUGGAAGCGGCGAGAGAAAGAGCGGUGGAAAGAGACAGAGCAAGGAUGAGAGAAGUGGAGGCUGCGAGAGAAAGAGCGGCUGCGAGAGAAAGAGCCAGGAUUAAAGAGAUCGACAUGAUGAGAGAAAGUGCGGCGGCGAGAGAAAAAGUAAGGAUGAUGGAGAUUGAGGUGAUGAGAGAAAGAUUGAAGGGCCACACACGAGUGCGCAAGUCGUCAAAGUUCCAUCGUGUGUUAGCGAGCUUGCCGUGCUUCAGGCUACAGGAAAAACCGUUGAUGACGUUGGUGUUUGGUAUCCACGAAGGCUCAUAUGAGCACACGAUGACCACCUUGCCGAAGGCGUACGAGGAGCUUGUCAAGGAGGAUCAUCUCUCCGCUGUUCAUGGCAAGGCCUUUGAGAGUGUGUUGUCGUCAACUUCAGUGCGCACUUCGGCUCCGUCGGUGAUUCGCAGCUUUUUUGAGCUCCAUCGCAAGGUUGACGUUGUUGUUCCCAUUUGCAUUCUCCACCAACCCCUGGAAGUUCUGGACGAGGAUGAGCGAGAGUUGAUAGCCAGCCCAAUAUAA